AUGUCUGAAGAUUUUCAAAAAGUAAUUAAUUAUGGACAAGAAUUGAUUAACAACCAAGGCAUAUUCGCGAAAAAGGAAAUACUUUCUUAUACUUUCGAAGAGAUUGAACAAUGUUUUAACAAGUUUAAAGAAAAUUCCGACAUUAAUUUCACAGCUGGUUUUGUCUCAUCAGUUUGUGAUGCAAUAAUAUCGAAUUGGCAAUCAUUCUCAGACGAACAAAAGGAAAAUAUCAAAAAAUUAACCAUUGAAAUUAUUAAUUCUCAGAUUUCAGCUCAAUAUGCAUUACGUCUUUCAUACUAUGCAUCAAGACUUUAUCAGACAUUAAAUUCUGAAUGGAAUGAAUUUUCAAAUUUAAUCUUCGAAUCUUCUUCUAUUUCAGAUACAUUAGCAUUCAUUUUCAUUGGUGCUUUUGAUACUUUCCAGCAAGAAUACAUCCAACAGAACAAAGACAAAAUAACAAACAGAAUUUUUGAAUUUUUAUCAAAAGUUUCAAUAGUAGUUCAAUUACGCUUAUUGAAUUUACUCUGCUGCAUCGAUAACCUUCAAUUAUCAGAAGAAAAACUAUCUCUUCUUUGGAAUUAUAUUUUUAAUAUCAUAUUUGUUCGUCCUUCAGCAUUAAUUGUUAUCAAUACCAUCUUAACUGGUAUAUUCAAUGACUAUCAUACAAUCCAGCAGCUUCAAAAGCCUGGUUUUGAAACAAAAGAAAAUUAUAUUUCUUCAUUAAGGUUAUUAUUUACAUUUAACCCUGAAAAAACAAUUGAACUUCUUUCAAAACUUGUUGAUGACCCACAACAAGAGUUCGUUGAUGCUCUCAACAGCGAAUUUCUUGAUACCGUUCAACCAAACCAGAUGGCAGCAAUUUCUGACUAUAUCUUUAAAGAAGAGCCAUUAAAAGUCAAGCGUUUAACAGUUCUCACUCCUUUAAUUCCAUAUUUGGCAAAUUCAAAUCCAAAAUUUGUCGAAAAAGCCAUAGAAAUCCUCAAGAUCACAUCAGAAGAUAAUGAGCAAAAGGAAUCAUUCCUAACCAUCUUGAAAUAUGGCUCUUCCGCCCUAUUAAAUGCCGAAAAAAUGAAUUUUGUUCUACAAACAUUGAUUUCUUUAAUGGCCAACGAUGAUGAGAUCGGAAAGAGAGCUGCUGAUGUUUCCAAAGCCGCUUUCAAAUCUGGAUUAAUCAAAACAAGACAAGAUAUCAAGUUUGUUAUUACAAAAUACCAAACAGUUAGUCCAAAUUUGCAGCCAUCAUUGAUAAUUUCUCUUGACUCUCUCGCUAACUCAGAGGGUUUCGAUUCCCAUUUAAUAACUCCUUUGGUCGAAUUUGUGAGGACACAACUAAGAAAUGCAUCGACAAAGGAAGAAAUCAAGGCUUCUUGCUUCACAUUGAUCUCCUCCUUAGCAGAAAAGGAUGAAAACGUUCCAUUUACCCUCCAAAACGAUUUAUUAAGAAAUAUGCCAGAACUUUUGAAUGGAGAUGACCAGUCCAAGCAAAGUGCAGCUCAAAUUAUCUAUCUCUUGGCAGUUUUGGCCCCAGAUUCAAUCAAAAAACUUCCAGAUGGCGCAAUCGACACUUUAUUCGGCCUUACAAGGACAGAAGGCAAGUCAUCUGAAAUCAGAGGCGCAAUUGGUGAAUCAUUGGCCGGAAUUGUUGCAAGUUGCGGAAUUAAAGCAUUAUAUCCACAAUUAGUUGAUUUAAUUGACUCCUUCUUGAAGACAGGUGAAAGAAACUUAGGUAUUUCUGCAUCUACAAUGGUCAUCAUCGCUUGCGAAUGCUUCGAAGGCAGAUUAGGUCAAAAUGUCAUGUUAUCAUGCGCAAGAGCAGCAGCACAGACCGACUACGCACCUCUAUUUAACUCAUUUGUUGAAGGAUUAAGGAGAAUUGCUUCCACUCAACCUGUUGAUAAAUGGAAUUUGGAUUUCUCACUUGAAAUCGUAAAUGGUUUCGUAAAAGUUGCUGAGAUUGAGCCAAUCUCUUCAUGGUACAACUUGAGAACUCCAUUGUACUCUUAUUUCACGAUUGUCAUGCAAAAGUUGGGAAGUUUCGCUUCUCCUUUGAUUCCUUACCUUUUGGACAUCGUUUCUGAUUGCGUUGAUCCUAUGGUUGAUGUUGUUUUCGAACCUGUGAAGAGAAUUUACGAAUUAAAUUUGAUUGACGACGAAACAAAGGAUAAACUCAUUGACAGAUGCUGCACAAAGUUAUUGCAGGCUAAAUCAUUUGAGAUGCUUCACUUUGCUGUCAAUAAUACAAAAGAUUUAGAAAAAUUUGCUUCAAUUGUUGCAGAACAACUGAGAAAGAUCGACCAAACCGAACAGACCGAGAAUGUAGAUGAUGAAUGGAUGUGUAAUUUAGCUCUUUCUCUUCUUGUUCUCAAUGAAAGAGGUGCUCAAAUUGAAGAUGACGAUUUGGAGACAGCAAUUGUCUGCUUCCCUCCUGAACCAUCAUAUAAAAUCAGUGAGGACAUGAUAAAGCAGGUUAUCAGAGUUUCAAAGGCAGAAUUAUCUGAUGAUUUGAAAAUGGUUGUUUCUAAAGUCAUUUUUGACUUCUUGUUGCUCCCUAAGCAGGAAGUUGCUCCUCAUGGUAUCCAGAAUUCGUUCGUAACCCAAUUAAAGGACUCUUUCGCAAAACUUGUCAAAUCAGACAAAGAAAUUGAGAAUGAACUUGUUAGAUACUGUGGAGGAGUUAAAUCAAAGGUAGGAAAACUUAACCAAUUAAUCAGAUAA